GCCUAUAAAAUCCCCUCCAGCAGCAACCAUUUCCUCCAUCCCCACUUGCCUGUUUCCUAGCCUUUGAGAGACUUCCGCUUGUUUACGAGAGUGAGGUAAAAGAAUCCCAUACUACUAAGCCAUGGCUCGCUCUGGUUCCCCCCUGGCCUUGGUAGCGGUGCUGGCCGUGCUGCUGGUGGCGGCACCGCACUCGGCGAACGCCAUCACCUGCGGUCAGGUGGCGUCGGGCGUGUCGGGAUGCAUCUCCUACGCCCGCAGCGGUGGGUCGAUCCCCCCCAACUGCUGCAGUGGAGUGAGGGGUCUCGUAUCGAGCGCGAAGACCAGCGCUGACCGCCGGACCGUGUGCAACUGCCUCAAGAGAACGGCCUCCAGUAUCAGUGGCCUCAAGCCCGGCCUUGUCGCCGGCAUCCCUGGCAAGUGCGGCGUCAGAAUCCCCUACACCAUCAGCCCCUCCACCGACUGCUCUAAGGUGAACUGAGUUCUUCUUCGGAAGACUAUCUCCCAUGUAACUUCUAGAGUGCUAUAUACUACGUCCUUGCUCGUUGAGACUUGAGAAUAAGGUGGUAGCUGUACCACAGCGUGCUUUCGGUGUGGGAGCGGUCCACCAGCAUGAGCUUUUGUGUUUUAGUAUGUUUCAUGUUAUGAAUAUUCCGAGUGCCCGUAUUUGUGGUGAUUGGGUUAAUUUUGUAGCACUCAUGAUGCAUGAAUGUCAGCUAUUUGUUACUACUACUACUACCACUUCUACUUAA